GCGGGCCGGCCGAGGCGUCGGCUUCGGCGGAGCGGUCUGAGGAGAACGUGAGGCAACGGGCGGGCCGCCGAGGCGGUCGUGAGGGGGGAAGGUUUGCGCCGGAGGCGCCUUCGCUUCUCUCCCUCAGCGAGUCGUCCGCGCCGGGGCUCCUCAUCCCGCUUCUCUCUCUCUCUCUCUCUCUCCCUUCGCCCGGUCCCAACAUGGACGAAGACGGAGGCGGCGGCGGCGGCGGCGAGAGCAUUCCCAGUGACCUUUCUGUGGAGGAGAGAGAAGAGCUUUUAAAUAUUCGCCGUAGGAAAAAAGAAUUAAUUGAUGAUAUAGAGAGGUUAAAAUUUGAAAUUGCAGAGGUUAUGACAGAAAUUGAUAACUUGACAAGUGUGGAGGAAAGCAAAACUACACAGAGAAAUAAGCAAAUAGCUAUGGGAAGAAAAAAAUUCAACAUGGAUCCCAAGAAGGGAAUCCAGUUUCUCAUAGAAAAUGACCUCUUGCAGAAUACUCCUGAAGACAUUGCACAGUUCCUUUAUAAAGGAGAAGGGCUCAAUAAAACUGUCAUUGGAGAUUAUCUUGGUGAAAGGGAUGACUUCAAUAUUAAAGUACUUCAGGCUUUUGUUGAACUCCAUGAGUUUGCUGAUCUUAAUCUUGUACAGGCCUUAAGGCAAUUCCUGUGGAGUUUCAGGCUUCCAGGAGAGGCUCAAAAAAUAGAUCGCAUGAUGGAAGCUUUUGCUUCACGUUAUUGCCUUUGUAACCCUGGAGUCUUUCAAUCUACAGAUACAUGCUACGUACUCUCUUUUGCAAUCAUUAUGUUAAACACUAGUCUACACAACCACAAUGUAAGAGACAAACCAACUGUGGAAAGGUUUAUAUCGAUGAAUCGAGGUAUUAACGAGGGUGGGGACCUUCCAGAAGAAUUGCUACGGAAUUUAUAUGAAAGCAUUAAAAAUGAACCUUUUAAAAUUCCAGAGGAUGAUGGGAACGAUUUAACCCAUACGUUUUUUAACCCAGACCGAGAAGGAUGGCUGUUAAAAUUAGGUGGAAGAGUUAAAACAUGGAAAAGGAGGUGGUUUAUUCUGACAGAUAACUGCCUGUAUUACUUUGAAUACACAACAGACAAAGAACCCAGAGGAAUUAUACCGUUGGAAAACCUCAGCAUAAGAGAAGUGGAGGAUCCAAGAAAGCCAAAUUGUUUUGAGCUGUACAAUCCCAGCCACAAAGGACAGGUCAUUAAAGCCUGUAAGACAGAAGCUGAUGGCAGAGUAGUAGAAGGCAACCAUGUGGUUUAUAGAAUAUCUGCCCCCACUCCUGAAGAAAAAGAAGAGUGGAUCAAAUCAAUCAAGGCAAGUAUCAGCAAGGAUCCAUUUUAUGAUAUGCUGGCAACCAGAAAGAGAAGAAUUGCUAAUAAAAAAUAGCAAAAUAAAAAGAAAAGAAGGAGGACUGUUGUGGAUCUGCCUAAUUCAAAUUGCUAAGGGAUCGUCAAGCCAAGAUAAAGUUAGAAGUAAUCAAGCCUCUUACUGGAAAUGUGGCCGCCUUCCUGUAGUAUCUAACCUUCCUGUGCCUGUUGAUCACAUGUAUUGCAAGAGAUACUGGAAGAAGCUUCAAGCCCAUGGACUUAACGUGAACUUAAAACUUGAAAGCCUUAUGUGCCGUUUUUGAUGUGCGACAGUGUUGCUGAAUGGGAGAAGGUAUGUCGUAAUCUGCCCUUCUCUUAUUCUUUGGAGCCUUUGCCCUGGAUUGGGACUAGUGACUAAAUCCAGCAUUUACAGUUAGCAGAUCAUCCCCAUUUCCUUUCCUCUUCACAGAAGAAUUCUCCUUUCUUCUUCUUGAAACCAUACACACGCCCUUGGCAAUUCAGAGGCCUUUUGAGUGCUGAUAAUUUUGUAUACAGCUCACAUCAUGUCUCCUGAGCUUUCAUCAUUUAGAAGCUACCAGUCUGGAGGCUGUAUGUUCAGCAGACCUCCUUCUCAUAAACAGCUGGCCGUGUACUGAAAACAUGAAGCUUUCAAGGAUGAAAAGAAUUAUAAACAGGAGCUUCAGCAGUAUCAGUGUAGCUUAUCUGUGAUUCUUAGAUGCCUUGGAAAUGCCUUAGAAAUGCACUGUUUAUCUUUUCCAGAUGCUAGCCAGAAAUGUCUGGUAUAAUUCAUUAUCUUAUAUUUUACUAAAGACAUUCUGCAGACGAAAGUCAUUUUGAUAGAUAACUGAGCAGCCUCAUUAUGAGCAUCUCUUAUGUACAGAGCCACUGGUGUACGAGGACCAUGGAGCACUUUCUUUCUCACAAAUAGCCCCCAUUCCGGUUCAGUAGUUGCCUCUGUUUGCAUAGAAUUUGAUAAGCGUUAUUCUGCAAAUGGUAAUGGGCAGGGGGAAGGGACAUUGCAUUUUCUUAAGACUCCACUUUGCAGUAUCUCAUAAAGAAACAUUUUUUUAAAAAAAUGAAGAUGUGUGAGUAGAACUGUGCAGGAUAGCCAGCUGAGCAUUAUGCAAACUAUUUGGACAGUUUUCGAAGCUUCAUGUUUUGUGAAGCUGUGAAUGAGUUUCUUGUUGCCUGUUGGCUUUGCCACCAAUAGUGGCUUGCAUUAUUGUUUCCGCUUAGCUUCAACCCAGAAAAGUCUGGCAUAACAUGUUGGCUGAUCAGCCAGGAUGAUCGAACUCUUCUCUGCAUUGGUCCUUGUGUAGCUGCUGCACCUCCUUUAUAGCCUCUGUUUUUUCCUUUGUUUAUUCUCUCAGCUGAUGCUUCUGCCUUUCACCUUGCUUUAUGUUGUUGUUGUUUAGUCGUUUAGUCGUGUCCGACUCUUCGUGAUAUGGACCAGAGCAUGCCGGGCCCUUCUGCUUUAUGUAACCUUCCCCUAUUUCUCUCCCUUGUGAUUCUGCUGCCUACUUUCCACAUCUCUGACAAAAAGCCUCAGGAUGCAAAUGGCAGGCAUGAGUGUACAUCUCUUGGUGGGGACGUUUGCCAAGAGUGUUUAUAGGGAGCCGGACGAUUAGCUCCCCAUAUAUACUGAUGGCAGCCCUUCUGUGGCUGAAACGCCACAAGAAUUAAAGUAGGGCCGGCCCAUUGCAUUUUCAUAAUUAGCAGAACGACACAAAUCCCCUUCAGUUGCAGAGCCCAUGAGUAUAAAUCAACGGACCAACGGAAGCCACAUUUAUCUCUUUCCAUAGCUACCGGGUGUAAGAUUUUGUGUGCAAUCUCUCUCCAUGCCCUUGUAGGCUGAAACAACACACACCCUCUCAUUCUAUUUCAACAGCCCUGCCUUUCCCCACUGUCUGCAUUGUCCUGGGAGAGCAGCCUUUUUCAGCCACCAAACUUUCCCUCUUCCUCCACAUGCUGCAAACUGGUCUUGCUCCCAUACCAAGUUUACUACAUCCAUCUCAUUUCCAUUGAUGUUUGUCGCUGAGUGUAUCUGCUUUUAGAAUGAUCAUAUUUAUAAAAAUUAUCAAACAGAUAUUGUAUAAAUUGUACUGUAUCUUUGGGAUGUACAGGUCUCCUCACCCCCCCACCUAUCUUCAAUUCUUUUGAUCUUGUCUUUCUAUAAAGCCUUCCAUAGUGUCUCCUCUUGGUUAUUCUCCUUCUGCUUCAAGAAAAUGGAAUUUAGAGGUAAACUGUAGGCUCUUAUUUCCUUUUCUGAGACACAAACAUUGUUCAUGUGAGACGGGACUACGUAGUAUACCUUGGCCCGUGCCUCAUUUUGGUCAUCUCAAUUGCUCCACAGGAUUUCACCCUAGAAUCUAGCAGUUUCACAAGCAUCCUACAUAUAUUUUACUAGGUCUCGCCCAGCCCUACAUUUUGCACGUAUGAGUUAAGGAAUCACAGUAGACAGACAUAAACAAAGGAAGAAUUAGUCGUGUUUUAAAAUCAUCCGUUUUAAAAUCCUCUCUUAGCACAAAGUGUGUAAACAGUAACAAAGAUGCGCUGUAAGGUUCUUGCUUAAUUGCAGAGUAGCACCCUUCCUAUGUGUACUAUAUAGAAUGUUUGCAGAUAUUUGUAAUAGUAUUAGCAAGAAUCAAAACUGGGGCCAGAACUUUCACUAGCCUUAAGGCCAGUAAAACAAACAAAAGUUUGUUGCAGGAAUGGCUUGUGAAGGCUUCUGGCUACUUCAGGUACUACCUUUAUGCAGAUAGAACACUCUCCGCUUCAGCUUUUAGUCUCGGCAGCAGUAUCCUUAACAAACUUAUUUUGAAUCCCAAAAGCAGACAGCCGUGGGGUAGUGAGUGGCCUUCAAAUAUCAGCAAAUGAUAUUUGGGUGCUUCUGUAGCAGUCGGUUCAGUCGGUUGUGUUUGCUUCUGUACCAUUUACAGCAAUUGUUGCAUGGGAUUGUCUGAUCAUUAUUUUUGCCCAGUGAAUUAAGAAGUCCUUUUGUACAUUGCUCUGUAGGUAAGAGCCACGUUGGCUUUCCGUGGGGGCAGCCAGGCACUCUUGAGAAGCAAAGCAUCCUUCUAGGAGUCUCCCUGCACCUGCUCCCCCACCCCCAAUAUCUCCUGUUGCUUCUCACAGUAAGAACUGUGAAGAGGUUAAACUUACUGCAGCUCCUGCCCAGAUUUUUAUUUCCCCCAGUGCUGCAUUUCGUACUUCGUAAACUCUGGGUUUUGAAGGGGAAGUUAUAACAGCCUCUUAAGCUGAGCCAGCCUGACUUUGGGCUGAAUCCUAGUGAGGAGAAAGAAUAAAAUUGUCUUGGGGAAUGUCCGUUAACCUAUUGAGUGGCUUUACAAUACAUGGUACAAAUCUGUAUAAACUGGACAGCAUUUUAGACUUUCCAUUAAAAAAAACUUUUUUUAAAAAAUGUACAACCUAUCCUGCCAGAUAAACUUAGUGGAAGACAGACAGAUCUGGCAAGGAGGUCACACUAGCCCUCUUCAGGUGCUAUAAAUGCUGAUCCUAGGAGUCUGCUUGAUGGCAAGUUCCUGCCUUGUUUGGUCUUCACUGUUGGGUCUGGAGAGAAGGAUCCUCCUUGUGUUUACUCUCUACACCCAAACAGGAAGCUCUCUUCUUCAAAUGUGGGGCUGAAAUGCAAGAAAAGAAGGGAAGACUAAGUGCUUCUCAGGCAUGUCUGCAGCAUCAGCAUUUAUAGCAUCUCAGUAGGGCUCCUGAGCCUGUCUAGGAAAGAAAAGAUCCAGCUCUGGAAAAAAAAAAACACCUUCUCACCAUGACUCACCCUCCUUUCUCUCGUUGAAUAUAACCAUGGCUCGGUAUGCAUUUUGGGAGGUUGUGGUCCCUUCUGUAGUUGCACUCCUGUGUCGUAAGCAUAGUGUGGGUGGGAUGUGAAAUCUACAGUCCAUCCGCAUCUGACGGGCUACAUGUUCCCUGCCAUUUUCUUUGGCACUGAGGUAUGCCAUGGCUGAGGGGGAGAAAGUGUGUUUCUCAGGUGGGCUCCUGGUGUCAGGAAAAAGCUGGGUUGUAUCUGUGCUGGCCCUCUUAGGCCCAGAUCUGCUGCAAACUAAUGUGUAGCUAACUUUUUCUCUUUCUGUAUUUUCUUGGAGAAUGUUUCUUAUUGACAUUUAAAUGUAAGGUAAAUUGUAUAUACUGUACAUCUAUGUAUUAUGGAUUUUGAAAGUUUGUUAUUCUUGUAUGCUAACUGAUUGCAUGAAAUAUUCUGUAUCUGUGUUAUAUAAAUACCUGUUGUAAUCUUGUAUAGCUAUUUUAAAUCCACUGCAGGUAUUUAGUUAACAAAAUACACUGCAGUGAUUCCAUUAUCACAAAAUAAAUCUAUGAAUUCCACAACAGUGUAGCAUUCCUGGUUUAAAAGUUACACACAGGGAGGCUUGAAAAGCUUUUGCCUCAGAGGAACAGGCCCCCCGUGGAACAUUCUUCUUAAAAGAGAGAGAUUCUAGUUUAAAGAUGGAGCUGAGCAACGGCUGUGUUGAGGGAUUUUCUCUGGGCUGAUCCCGGCCCCGAAACACACAGACACCUGCUUCCAGGUAAAAAAUUAUCCCUGCAGGAAGGUGGUCCUGGUCCAAGCUUACUUUGUGUGUUAUCUUCCUACAGGAAUGUUUGUUAAAAGCUUCCUGCUCCACAAAAGAUUGUCCAGUCACAAGUGUGAUAGUGUAAUCUAGCACCUCUGCACUCUUAUGUUGUUAUUACGUGCCCACACUGCCUAGGUUGAUGGGAGUUGUAGCUGAAACAACAUAUAAGACUAAGUCCAGUGAUGGUCCCAACAGGAAUAAAUCUGUUGAAAUUAGUGGAAUAUGCAUUAACUAAUAGGUUCAAUUAAUUCUAAUAGGUAUACUCUACUUGGGAGUGGGCAGCUUGUGUCAAUAUACAUACC